AUGAGUUCAUGCAAAAAAGCAAUUGUCUUGGAAACUAAUUUUGCAUAUUUCUUAUUCGUAUUAUUGAUAAGAGGUUCAGCCUCUGCAUUCUUUAAAUCUGGAAUGUUAAGUAUUUUACUAAAGGAAUAGUUCACUGCUGAGAAGGCAAAGAAGAACUUAUUUCAAAACACUUUACCUACAAUUUUCGUUUACUCUCUGAGAGUAUUGAACAGAAUAAUCUGGCAGAAAUAUUCAACAGAAAUAGUGAAUGAGGACAGCUUAAUUCAAACUUUUAUGAUAUAUAUGGUCAUGAGCAGAUGUCUUACAACUUUAUAUAAAAUCUUAAGAAAGACUAAAUCUGCUGAUAUAAAGAAUUAAAAACCAAAUGCUAUAUCAUCACCAAAGCAAGAAGAUUUGUGCUAAGCCCAGAAGAUUAGCAUAUUAUAAAAAUCAGAUAUGGCUAAUGAGUCAUUAAGCAAUUUAAUGAUGUCAUAAAAGAAAUUCUAAAUUCAGGAAUAAUAAGAUUUAAGUUUAUUCUAAUGCUUAGGAAUAGACUAAUCAGAUAAAUUUAUCGCUACAAAUAUAAUAUCUAAAAACAAUAGAUUAUAUAACGAAUCAAUAAACUCAAAACAAAGCAGGAAGUUAAACAAUAAUCUAAGAAAAAGAACUCAAUUUCGCUAUUGA